AUGGCCGAUUCCGAUUCUUCGCUGUCCUCUGCGCCCCCGACCGACGACGAGAUGGAGGUCGAGGUUUCGGAAGCAAGCGCUGCAAAGGCCGUACCACAGAAAAAGAAGAAGAAGAAUGGCACAAUCUUGACCUUUUUCAAGCAUCGCUCACCCUCGCCGCCUCCAAGGAAACGAGCGCCUUCUCCACCGCAUGAGGCCGUACCAGAGGAUAAUCCAGACAUUGCUUUCAUUGUAAUGUUUCGGUCGCGCUUCAACGAAGCCUUUCCUCGCGGUUCGCCUCACGUAGGGCCCCAAGACAUCGAACAGGGUGUCGCGGAAGAGACGCCGUCUGCCGAUGUCGAAGGCUUACUAUGCGCCCUGCUCGGGCUGGUCCUCAAUCGCAAGAAACCUGUCGAUUGUGUGUUCUACAGGAAGGGUCACUACGGUCGCGCCCUCGAAGAGGCCAUCCAAACCCAAAAAUCACAAUGGCCCACCAAAUGGACUGGCAACCCCCUCAGUGGCGGUCGCAACUUCAACACGAUGACAGCAGAAGAACGGAUCACCCUCCUCCACUCCCUCUGCCUCUGGAGCCUCAACCAGAACGAGCAAGUCAAGGUCAUGAUCAAUACCGCAUACAAGUCUCGCACUACCAAGGACAAACAAGACACAAACAUCCCGUUGUCGGUACAAGCGUGGGGUCGCGAUGGUGACAAGCGUCGGUACUACCUGGUCGAAGGGCAGAAUGACACCCACUUUCGCAUCUACCGCGAGAGCGAUCCCAAGCUCAAGAACGUACAAUGGAUCAGUGUCGCUGGCUCAAUCGAUGAGCUAAGAGCGCUUGCGACAAAGCUGGAGGAAGUAGACGGACACAAAGAGGCCAAGGCACUCGGCGAGCGCAUGCUCAACGCUGUGCCACGAUUCGAGGCUUCAGAAAACAAGCGCAAGCGACGAGAGUACACCCGCCAGCGCAAAGACGCUUUCACGCGCCCAGAACUCGGUUUCUCCCUGUACGAAGGCCGCACCCGUGGCAAGCGCCAACGAUAUACGUUUGAUGAAGAGGACGAUUUCGACUCGGACAAUACAUCUGUACGUCGGUCAGGGCGGCAAUCAGGCCGCGACACCCCGGCUGCGCCUUCUGGUCCUACUGUCACCGCCAGCGGCCGUCAGGUCCGGUCUCGAGCAACAGGCUUAUACGGCGAGACACUACUCAGUGGACAAGUCACCGAUCACCCAUCGCCUGCAACUGGCGAUUACGUCCGGUCUGAUGUGUCGGAGGAACCACAGUCUGGCCCUGGCCGAUCAGCCCGCGCCGCCAACAGGGGCACUACCAACGGCCGCUCACUGAACCGGACAGUAGAUUCCGAAGAUGAGGAGGAUGCGACAUCUUGGGACGGUGGAGAUGAUGACGAGGAAGAGCCAGAUCAGAUGGAGCUCGACGAUGAUGAAGAGGAUGCGGCGGAGGAUUCAUCAGAUGAAGAGGAGGAACCACACAGCCUCAUGGUCACCCUGCGUUACCGGAAAGGCGCAACUGAUGGCUCUACUGCUCCCGACCAAGAUGCACCCAUGGCAAAUGGCGUCGACCACGAUGCUACUGCUGCGACACUAGGCGACACAGGCGCGCCCAAACAGCCCGAGAUUGCGCCUGCUCCAGAAACCUCAGCCCCUACAUCCGAGCCCACUUCCACCAUGAACGGGAUCUCCCAACCUGUCGUCCCCGUUGCAAACCAACAGCUUCCAACAGGCAACCCAGAGGCGCUGCCCAAACUCGACGGUUUCUUCUCCGCGCCAACACCACCGUACAGUGCCCCCGAAGAGGCACCAAAACACCAGACUUCCGUCGAUGUCCCCACCAACUCUUAUGAAGCACCCCCGCCACCACAACGUCCUACUCCCGCUCCGACCGCCAGCUGGCAAUAG